CGCUUUUUUCGAGUUCUGUGUUCUGUCGCCGCUGUGCAUGGUUCUGUUUGUUUUAACUGAAAGAAAGUAAUCAAGUCUAUCAAUGUAAACUAUCUUUUGCCUCUUAAAAAUAUAGAAAAACAUGGACCGCGUGAAAAUUGAAAAGGGAACUAGUACAGAAGAAAGGAUUGUAGAACUUCUGAAUUCUGCAGCUACAGACGCUGGUGAUCAAUCGCGUGUUGAUCAUCUAAUUAAAAUCCAGGAGUUGAUCAUCCACCAGGAACCAGGAUUGUUGGACAAUUUUGUUGAUGAAAUUACAGCUUUCCAGCAUGACCGCUCUGCCGAUGUUAGAAAAACAGUUGUUGGCUUCAUUGAAGAAGCUUGUAAAGUGGAUCCAGAGUUACUUGGGAAGGUCAUGCAUAGCUUGCAACUUCUGUUAGGUGACACAUCUAUAGCUGUACAGAAACGAGUAAUCCAAGCAUUGACUCAGCUGUACAAAGUCACACUGCUUUGGCUUGCAAAAGCACCAUCAGUAACAGAGCUUAUGGAAAACACAUGGAACAUGCUGAAUCAGAUGAAGUUACAAAUUGCCAAAAUGAUUGAUCAUGACAAUGAUGGAGUAAGAACUAUAGCUGUAAAAUUCUAUGAGAUGCUAAUUGUAUCUCAAACAUAUCCUGAACCAGACAGCAUACGUAAGGAAAAUGAAUUCAGCUUAGAAGAAAUACCUUUAACUCUUAAAGUGGCCAGACCAAGAAAACUUGAAGAAGAAGCUCAGCUAAUGCUUGAGGACUUGAUGAAGUACCAUGGCUCAGCACAUAUUAGCAGUGCAAACUUGAUGGCUUGUAUGGGUUCUCUCACUCAUAUAGCAAAGAGUCGGCCUCAGUUCUUGGAUAGGAUAGUAACAGCUAUGGAAAUGCUUCAUGCUAAUUUACCUCCUACGUUAUCAAAAUCCCAAGUCAAUUCUGUCCGCAAACAUUUGAAAUUACAACUACUGGCAAUUCUUAAGCAUCCUGCUUCUCAUGAACGCAGCAGCAACAUAAAAACUCUUCUUGGGGACUUGGGUGCUACGCCUCAAGAAAUCAAUAAAGCAUUGCCUAGCGCUGAAGAAAUAGCGAAGCAUCCAAGACGAUCUGAGCGUGCUGAUGAUUCCAAAAGUGGUCCAGCAGCCAAACGAAGAAAGAUAGAAGCUGACCCGGUACUCCCAGUUCGCGAGAACCCUAAAGAGAAAGCCCUUGCUAUUACGGAAGAGUUUAUCGUACAACGGCUCACGACAAAAGGAGCUGCCGAUCUCGUAAUAGAGGCGCUGCCUAAUAUCACCAGCAGUAUGCCUCCACAUUUUCCCUCUAUUUAUACACCUAUCUCGGAUGCUGGAACACAAAGUCAAAUUCGACACGUGGCUCGUCUCAUGGCAUCUCAAAUGACCAAUGCUGGAAUUGGACCUGGAGUUGCAGAAGCCGGUUAUGUUCCAAAAAUGGGCAAUGAUUUUGAAGACGAUGAUGAUGACAUGGAUGAUAUCCCUGGCGCAGCUGUAAUAACGCCAGGAUUUCGGGGUGGGGAAGAUCCCGAGUCAGCUAAACCUGGAGUGGCAUCAAUUCAACCUGCAGUACAAAUUCGAGCAAGACAAAGAGCGUUAAAACUAGCAGAAAUUGCGAAGCCCUUGACGCCACAAAUGAACGAAUCCAUGGCUCGUUCUGCUCUUCAACGAGUCUUGAAAGCCGAACGAACUGCCAUGCUUGGUGGUGUAGCGGCGAAUAGGCAAAAGAUUUUGGCCUCACUGGCAACCCUUUUUUCGGGAGAUUUUAAAGAUCUCGUUUUAGAAUAUAUUAUGGCAGAUCCACGCUUGCGAAUUGAACUCGCUUUCUCAUGGCUCUAUGAAGAAUAUUCUAUGGUUAUGGGUUUCUGUCGUCAAUCGUCUAUUGUAAAAGACGAGUUCCGUCACGCAGCUGUCGACAGUUAUACCAGUGUGUUUUGCUCUUUAGUGAACGGAUUAAAGAAACAAUCGGAUUUAAAAGAGCGAGAAGCGUUACUGAGCCGGUUAUUUUACGAAUCACCAAAUAUUCCAGAACAAGGAGUCUUGAUAUUGCGAACAAUGUUAUGUGAUGACGCUAAGUUGGUGGAUAUUUCUAUCCAAAUUCUUCGCCAGCUUGUUCAGCGUCCAUCAAAGCAAUUGAUCUACCUGAAUGUUUUGCUCGAAAUCAGUAGCCAUGAAAAUGAAAAUAUUCGUUCUGCCGUUCUUUCCUGCUUGACCGACUUAUAUGACCGUGGAGCCCUCCGUCGCGUGAUUGAGGAUUACGCUUUAAUGUGCCUCAAGUUUUUGUUGCUAGAGGAGCCCCCAGCGCUCCUAUCCGGGCCCGAAAAGGGCAGAAGUGAGGUGGUUACGACAUGGACCGAAGAGAUAAUCAAAGCCUCUCUCUACCUUUUCCUUGCAGUUCUUCGUUCUAAUCACAAGUUAAUCCAUGAGCUGGCAGUUGUUUAUGUCCAAGCAAAUGCCGAUAUCAAGAGAAAAAUCUUGCGGAUGGUCGAAGGCCCCGUGGAAGGCAUGGGAAUGGAAUCUCCAGAAUUACUAAAGUUGGUCGAAACGUGUCCUAAAGGAGCUGAAACACUGCUCAUCAGGAUCAUCCAUAUUCUCACUGAUAAAUAUCCGCCAAGCCCUGCAUUAGUCGAGCACGUUCGCAAUAUUUAUCAACAGCGUGUUCCCGACGUCCGAUUUCUUAUACCUGUUCUGAACGGCCUUGAAAAAGAAGUACUUUCCGUGCUUCCGAAGUUGAUCAAAUUAAAUCCAGACGGUAAAAAAGUAUUUAGUCGUCUAUUGGGCACUCAGGGAGACUCAACGGCCACCUAUCCUAGCCCAUUGUCUCCCACGGAGCUUUUGAUCGCUUUGCAUAAUAUUGAUAGCACUCAGUGUGACAUGAAAACAAUCAUGAAAGCAACGUCAAUAUGCUUCAUGGAACGAACGGUCUAUACGCAGGAAGUUCUAGCUGUUGUUAUGCAACAGCUAAUGGAUCAAAAUCCACUACCAACCCUUUUAAUGCGAACCGUUUUACAGUCCCUUUCGCUUUACCCAAGAUUAUCAGGAUUUGUAAUGAAUAUUCUGCAAAGAUUGAUAGUGAAACAGGUUUGGAAGCAAAAGAAGGUCUGGGAAGGUUUCAUCAAAUGCUGCCAAAGGACGAAGCCGCAAAGUUUCGCGGUUAUUCUUCAGCUUCCUCCUCAAUUUCUUCAGGAGUUACUAAACACAUCCCCUGAUCUUAAGACUCCACUCGUGGAGCACGUCAUGACCUUCACCGAAAAUCAGCGAAUGCACAUUCCCAAGCUUACGAUGGAUGUUCUUAACGGGAUUGCCCAGUUUCAAGCGGAAGCAGAAGAACUACAUAACGAGGAUUCAAAAGAUAGAGAAGUGGGAUCUCCUGAACCCAUGGAGUCUGCAAUUCAUGGCGAUGUCGAACCACCCGCUCCUGGAGAUUCCUAACUAUUCCUUCAUUGACUUUAAAUCAAGCUCAAUGAUGAUGGCUGACCAGAGCUUGGAAUCAAGAAUAUUUUGUAUUAUUUGCCUUCUUAUUAAACAACAACAUGUCAAAAAACUUUGCCAAACAAAUGCAAUUUUCAGAAGUUUAAUUGUAGUGCAGUGAGCACAAGGGCAUAUAAGUUGAACGCAGGCAAUAGAAUACGCGCCGAGGGAUGUAA